GAGGUGGGUGUGUGAAUGGCCCCCUCCUGUUUCCUGUGGGACAGGCUGGAGGAGAGGGGUGGUUGCUUGGCUGGUGGGGCCGAAUGGCUGUGUCCUACACUGCUGUCCCCCUGCAGGUUCUGUCGGCUGAGGGGCUGGAACACCCUGUACAUUUGUGGCACGGACGAGUAUGGCACAGCGACGGAGACCAAGGCCGUGGAAGAGGGGCUGACCCCCCGCCAGAUCUGUGACAAGUACAACGCCAUCCACAGCGACAUCUACUCCUGGUUCCAGAUCUCCUUCGAUUACUUCGGGCGUACCACCACGGAGCACCAAACCAGGAUUGCCCAGGACAUCUUCAGGCGAUUGUUGGAGCGGGGUUUCCUGCGCAGCGACACCGUGGACCAGCUGCGAUGUGAGGCCUGCGAGAGAUUCCUAGCUGACCGUUUCGUCGAGGGACACUGCCCGUUCUGCGGCUACGAGGAGGCCAGGGGUGACCAGUGUGACCUGUGCGGUAAACUCAUCAACGCGGUGGAGCUGAAA